ACCGAAACGUUCCAUAACAUAUUAUCUACAUGGAGCAACUAAUACCAAUAGUUAGUAAACUGCACGCCAUACUAGCGCAAGCUGGCGAAUGCAGCCCCGAGCUGCCUGCCAUCGCCGUGGUAGGAGCUCAGUCAGUAGGCAAGUCAUCAGUACUGGAAGCGAUAGUAGGACGACCAUUCCUGCCAAAAGGUACCGGGAUAGUUACACAGAGGCCUUUGAUACUACAGCUACGCUAUGAUCCCAGUGCUAUAGAAUAUGGAGAAUUUGCACAUAAGAAGGGCGUUAUUUAUAGCGACUUUAACAAGAUCAAGGCUGAAAUAAGAUCUGAAACUGAACGAUUACUAGGAAAUACUAAAAAUGUGUCACCAGUGCCAAUAUUCCUUAAAAUCGUAUCGCCAAAGGUCGUUGACCUCACUCUGAUUGAUUUGCCAGGAAUUACCAAGGUACCAGUCAACGAUCAAACGCACGAUAUUGAAUUCCAAAUUCGACGCAUGAUCAUGGAGUAUAUCGCACAACCAUCAUGUAUAAUACUGGCACUGACGUCAGCUAAUACGGACAUUGCCACCUCAGACAGCCUGCAGAUGGCCCGAGAGGUUGACCCCCAGGGGCUACGAACCAUCGGGGUUAUUACGAAAUGUGAUAUUGUGGAGGAUGCCAAUGCCACACUGGAUGUGCUGCAGGGCAAGGUAUACAAGCUACGACGAGGAUAUGUCGGAGUUGUAUGCCGAGAUCGGUCUACUGCAGUGGCCGACACUAACCACAGCGCACAGGAAGAAGAACGAUUCUUCCAAACACACCACAUAUUUUCUCAAAUCGCAAAUAGGUGUGGAACCAGACAUUUAUCAGCAAUGCUUAACGAAAUUUUAACAGGACAUAUCAAGGAUAUAUUACCCUAUGUAAAGGAUAAAUUAAUAAACAUGCUCAAUGAGAAGCAAAUUGAACUGGCAUCGUACGGUCCAAGUAACCUGGCGGAUUCACCUAGUGCAUGCUUGCUACAUUUUUUCAGCACCUUCUCACAAAAGUUCACGGAUAUCAUCAGUGGCAGGAGUACCUCAACGCAAAACCCAGCACAGCUGAGCGGCGGUGCUAGGAUAUACUACAUCUUUAACGAUAGCUACCUAAAGACCCUAAAGGCAUUUAACCCCCUGGCGGGACUUUCGGAUAUAGAGGUACGCACAGCUAUACGCAACUCCACGGGGCCUACAAGUGCGUUAUUUGUCCCAGAACUGGCUUUUGCUAACCUAGUGAAGAAACAAAUACAACUACUGGAACCACCAUCACUACAGUGCGUGGAUCAGGUUUAUGAAGAACUAUUGAAUAUACUGGAAACAUGCCAAGUUGAGGAAUUAAACAGGUACACCAACAUGCGCGCCAAAAUGCUACAGGUAGUACGCAACCUAAUCAAGCAGUGCCUAGGGCCAACCAAGGAUAUGAUCCGUAACAUGAUUAAAAUUGAACUUGCGUACAUCAAUACCAACCACCCAGAUUUCCUAAAGAAUAACGCCAUGGCAGAACAGUACCAACAGAGACCACGAGAACAUACACCAAUGCAUAAGCAACAUGUAUACCGACAGUUGCCCAGGGGCCCUGAAACUAAUUCGACAUACGCAGAAUCACUUCAAUCAGAUACCCUGGAUAUACAUAAAAAACAGGAGUCAUUUGACCCCUACCCAAAGGAAGAACACGAACCACUAUUGGAGAAACCAGCGUUGUGGCUCCCAAACAUACCACGAGUAGUUAUUUUAGGAAACGAGCCCAGUGAACGUGAAGUUAUAGAAGCACAGCUUAUCAAGACAUUGAUUGAAAGCUACUUCUCAAUAGUCAGAAAGAAUAUAACAGACGCCGUACCAAAGUGUAUUAUGCACUUCAUGGUAAAUAAGACAACGGAGUCUGUCCACCAGGAACUUAUAUCACAGUUAUAUAAAAAGGAGUUAUACGAGGAACUAACUGCAGAAUCGAAGCAUAUAAUAGAACGUAGAGAAAUGUGCGUAGAUAGCAUCAGGUCACUACAACAAUGCGUAGUGGAACUCAAUGAACUCGCUGAAUAUAAACUAUAGACUUACACAUAUAAUAUAUCGCACUUUAU